CUUCAAGCAGAACUCGCAGCAGACUCAGAUUCAGAGGAAGACGAGUCAUUCGAGGCGGAAGAUGCCAACAAUGAUACACUUGACGUUGCAACAGAAGAGGAAAAUGACGAUGUGGAUGAAGUCGCACUUUCGGAGCUCGAAUCAGAUGUCGACGCCGAUGCAGCAGAUAUGACACCCAAGACGCGCGAAACCGUCAACAACACAGCUGCCUUGGAAGCCGCCUACAAACGCAUCGCUUUACCGUUGCCAAAACAUUUCUCACAUCACCAUACACUCUUCACGGAUGAACCGGUGUUGGUGCAAGACAUCGAUGAUGAUCUCAAUCGUGAACUCGUCUUCUACAAGCAGGCACUCACCCAUGCUCGUGUCGCACGCACACUCAUUCAAAAAGAAGGUGGCGCAUGGGAACGUCCCGCCGAUUACUUUGCAGAGAUGGUCAAGACGGAUGAUCACAUGGAACGUAUCCGCAAAGAGCAAGUGGCUGAAGCAACAGGUAAGAAGGCCUCAGCUGAAGCCAAAAAGCAGCGCGAGUUGAAGAAGUUUGGCAAGCAGGUCCAAAUCAGCAAGACGCUAGAGCGUGAAAAGGAGAAGAAGACUAUGACGGAUAAGGUCAAGUCACUCAAACGCAAGCGUGGCGCUGAGCUUGAAGGUAAAGAAGACUUCGACGUCGCACUGGAUGAAGCAGCUGCUGCACCUGGCAGAAAUGCAAAACGAGGUGGAGGCGCAUCAAGAGAGUCGAGGGAUAAGAAAUACGGCCAUGGUGGCAAGAAGCGAUUUGCAAAGUCCAAUGAUGCCUUGUCUUCAGGCGACGUCACCAGUUUCUCUGGUCGUGGAGGACGUGGC